CCCUUGACUGCGGACAGAUCACUCGGAGCCUCGAGGCCUACUUACUGUGGCUUUUCGGCAAGGUGAUGUUCACGGAGAACCAUGUCACCACUAUUAGCGCCCUCUACAUCCCUAUGGCACUCGAGAUAGCGAGCGCUCAGACGGCGGAUCAGAUCAGACAGAGGAGUUGGGGUUCGGCGGUGUUAGCGGCUACAUACCGAGGUAUGUGCAACGGUUGCCAGCUUACAUCGAGAAAGCCAGCCCUUCUUGGAUGCCCUCUAUUCCUACAGCUGUGGUCGUGGGAGAGGUUCUCUAUAGGGCGACCAGAUGUAUGGGUUCAUGAGCCUAUAGACGCCAUGUUUGAUGUUGAGGGCAUCGACAUGCCUACUUUCGGUCUGUGUUGGACUCGUCGCAAGGUAUGCACCGUGUUGUAGUUUAAUGCAACUUUUUCUGCACAAGAGAUCGAUCGAUGCGAGCGGCUACUAACUUUUAUUCUCUGCAGAGAUGCUUUGCUAGUGAUCAGACCAGGAAGGCGUACACAACAUUGAACGAGCAGUUCGAUGCGUACACCGGGGUCAUCUGGCAGCCCUACACGGAAGCAGCCAUACAAGCGAGAUACCCUGCUGGUAUGUCUGUGCUAUGCACAAGGGACCGAGAUUACUGGAUGACAAAAUCGAAGAUCAUCUUCGAUGUCUUCGUCGAGGAGAUGGCACAACAGAGGGUUAUGAGGCAAUUUGGUCUUCUGCAGUUGGAGCUACCUCCCCCUAUAGAGAACCCGGUGCCAGCACACAUCCACAGGCUACCUUGACACGCGAACUGUACGACGACGUGACCACCUUUGGACGAUCACUAUCGUCUGGACCUCUUCUUCAACAUCGUCCAGUGGUACAGCCCUUCUUGGAAAGAAUUCAGAAUAAGAUACGGACUGUGUACGAGGCUACCACGUGCACCCGGAGAACCGAUGUUGUUCAGCACGAGCAGGAGCAGCCGCGUCACUCCAUGCAACGACAUCAACCACGUCCACGCCUAGCACAACAGCCGACAACCAGGCCACCCCGUCCUGACAAACCUGGCAGUUCUACGUGGCACCCGCAGCACUAUGGUCCCACGUCGAGCUUCGUGUUUUCUCCACAGCACACAAUAAAAAGUUUC